AUGACCGACUACAAAACUGCGAUAACUUCCAUCGAGGAAAUGAAAAAUAUUUGCAGUGAACUUCUAAAUGCUAAGGAAGACCAAGUGUAUAAUAAACUUAGUUUAUAUUACGAACUGGAAGAGAAAUUAAAAAAAGUGCAACCUGUUAUUACGCGUAUAAGACUACGAAGGAAUGAAACACAAGAGGAAAAAAAAAUUUAUGGUGAAAAAAUGAUUAAAAAUGUUGAUCUAUUAUUAGAAAGAUAUGAUACAUUAUAUACCAUCUAUGAAGAAGAAUUAACCGUAUUUAAGGAAAAUUAUGAAAUCGAAAAAAAUAAAAUUAUUGAAAAGAAGUUAUUACAAGAACAGGUAAAAAAAGAGUAUGAAGAAGAACUGCUUAACAGGGGUAGAAUUAAAACAAAACUAGAGGAACAAGAAAUACAAUUAAGAAACCAAGAAAAAUUAAAAUUCAUAAAAGGAAAGGAGGAACAAUAUGAAAAGAGAACAAACCAAAUGGAAACAAUCAAGGAAUUAAUACGACAAAAAUGCUAUUUCCUGUAUGAAGAAAUAUGCAGUGCAUGUGACAGGGAAGAAGCCAUAAACUACAUAUAUUCGCAGCUGGGUGUACCCUCAGAUAAAAACAAGUUUAGUAGCGAUACAGUCAAUAACGGAGGAAAUCCCUUCAACUGUGUGCACCUCAUCGACUGCUUAUACCUGAUAUACAAAAACAACGAGUUCCACCUUUUUAAGGAAGCAGUAAAAAACAUCAUCGAAUAUUUAGAACAAUUAGUGAGAAACAUAGACAACGAACAACUAAAACUAAUAAAUCUUAUGAAUAAAACUUUUCAACAUAACAUUUUGUCAAAAAAAGGUACAUUAUUUGUGUUCAUACUUAUAGGAUAUAGUCUUAAAAGAUCGCAUGAUAUAGAUUAUGUUUUAAAAAAAAUAAACAGAGAAAUUAAUGAAGAAAAUAUUUACAUAUAUCUUGAAGAGCCAAACAUAGCUACUGAUUAUACAAAAUGGAAAAAGUGGUUUGACAAUAUUCAAUUGUCUAUAAAUAUUUUGUGCACUUUCUUUAGACACAUUAAUAAAUAUUCAGAUAUACCAGAUGAUGAAAAAGUCAAAUCUGUUUUUUUAUUUUUGAAGGAAAAAUUCGAAAAUAAUUUUCAAGGGGAAGAUAUGUAA